CAAACAUUUAUAACCCUUUAUCAAUUUCACCGCUUUCUUCUCCUCACCUUAAAUUAAGACAACAAUGAGUUUGUGUAUGCAAGAAAUACAGCAAGAAAACAAAAAAUCAUAACUAAUGAUCAUAAUUAAUCAUCUAUUUCAUUGAAUACCAUAUGAAAUUAAGAAACUCAUACUAAAUUCUCAAAAAAAAUGUCGGGUGAUUUCAAUGCGAAACAAAAAAAGAAACAGAAGAUAGCAGUUAUAGGGCUAUCUGCAUUGAUGAUGGUAGCAAUGGUUGUUGCAGUAACAGUAGGGAUAAAAGGAACAGGGCAUGGAAUUAUUAUUGAUGAUGAUGAUGAUGAUGGUUUAGCAACUUCUACAAAGGCUAUAAGAUCAGUAUGUCAUAUUGUUGAGUAUAGACAUGCCUGUGAAAGAACUCUUGCUCAUCUUCAUACAUCUGAUCCUAAGAUGCUUGCAACAACCACAUUCAAUGCAGCUUUGAAAAAUCUUCAAGGGGCAUUGGCCAAUUCUAGUUCCAUUACUGCCCCCAAGGAGGAUCGUAGGACUACAGGAGCAAUAGAAACAUGUAAACAGGUGAUGGAGUAUGCAGUUGGAGACCUGAAAAGAUCCAUCGACCAUAUGAGCCAUUUCGAUAUGCACAAAAAGGAUGAGUAUAUUGAGAACAUGAGGAUCUGGCUUAGUGGAGCUAUUACCUUACAGGAGACAUGCAUUGAUGCCUUCGAAAAUACAACUGGAGAUGCGGGUGAAAAGAUGAAGAACUUGUUAGUGUCUUCAAGAGAGCUUACAAGUAAUAGCUUAGAUAUUGUUGCAGAGCUCCCAAGUAUUGUAAAGUCUUUGAACUCAUCUGAUUCCCACCAUCACGAGCGGAAGCUUUCUCAAAAACAAGAGGAGAAAGAUCAAGGUGACGAGGAGCUUCCAAUAUGGAUGGAAUUUAAACAGCGAAGGCUCCUACGCGAUCCUGGAUCAAAAGUCAAGGCGGAUAUAGUGGUAUCCAAAGAUGGAAGUAGCAAGUUCAAAACCAUAAUGGAAGCCUUAAAGGAAGCACCAGUUAGAGAUCCAAGUAAGGAAUUUGCUGGCGUAAAUAAGAUGUUUGUAAUAUAUAUAAAGGAAGGCAUCUAUGAAGAACAAGUUCGAGUGGAUGAAACAAAGUCACAUAUCAUGUUCAUUGGUGAUGGACCUACUAAGACUAAGAUCACAGGAAACAACAGCUUUGCUGAUGGUUUUGUUCUCUAUAAAACUGCCACUGUUUCAAUAUUGGGGAGAAAUUUCAUAGCCAAGGACAUAGGAUUUGAAAACUCAGCGGGUCCAGAAAAACACCAAGCAGUAUCCCUCUUAGUACAAUCAGACAUGUCAAUAUUCUACAAUUGUCGUAUAGAUGGUUACCAAGACACAUUAUAUGCACACAGUUAUCGCCAAUUCUAUCGACACUCAACCAUUUCAGGCUCUAUAAACUUAAUCCUUGGUAAUGCAGCAGCAGUAUUUCAAAACUGCAAAUUUGUAAUUCGAAAGCCUUUGGACGAUCAAGAAUGUGUUCUAACAUCCCAAGGUCGACUACACAUGAAAGAACCUACUGGUUUUAUCCUACAAAACUCUACAAUCACUGCUGAUCCAUUGUAUUACCCAUUACGCCACAAGAAUAAAGCUUAUUUAGGGCAGCCGUGGAAGAAAUUCUCGAGAACGAUCGUGAUGCAGUCUUAUAUAAGUGAUUCUAUAGAUUCAAAAGGGUGGAAACCAUGGAUGGGAACAUUUGGAGAAAGUACAUGUUUUUUAAGCGAGUAUGAAAACAGAGGUCCUGGUGCAAAAUUGGAAGGUAGAGUUAAGUGGCAAGGAAUUAAGAAUAUUGAUCCUCGUGAAAUCAAUGGUUUCACUCCAAGGAAAUUUUAUGGUGGAGAUCGAUGGAUUGCUCCUACUCAAGUACCAUAUUUGGCAGGGCUAAUGCCUACGUAG